AAACGAGAGUUUAAUUCGUGUUUUUUGUUCGUGCUCGUUAGUGAAGCAGAUUUCUCAAAUUGGAGGAAAAUUUGCUUCCGAAUGAUAAAAGUAAGGAAAGCUGUAAAUGUUCGGCCGAGCGAGCCUCUACACCAACGGUUGGGUUCACGUUGGGAUCGUUGGGCUUUAGAAUGACUUAACCACCGACCGGUAUCAAAACCAUAAUCCAUAAAAAAUGGUUAGGAUGAUCUACAGCGCUAUACAGCCUCGACCGAGUGGAGCAGAGCUACUCAAACUUCUUAUAUUGACCGCUACAAAAAAGCGCCACAUUUGAAAAAAAGGAAGAAUCUAACAAGACUGUUUGCCUAGCUGGCCGUCGCUGAGCCGCCGCUGGCGGCUGUUGUCAAUGACCUAGAAUGCAGAGAGCCAGAGGAAAAGGCCAUCACCACACGCGUUAUGAAUAUUUUGACGUGUGUUGUAAAAGGGUAUAGACGAUACGAUUGGAUGACGUACGUAACGAGACGAACGAAACGCAACUUCGUGACUAAUAAGAGUUUACAGUUAUUAUGAGCGUUAAUUGUAAAACGCCCAACGUUAAAAGAAUAUCGCGCAAUUAAUAUAUGUGCAUCCAACAAAUGGUGAACAAAUUAGUUCGAAGCUCCUUCCUCGUAGACGUUUUUUCAAUUACUGUCAUUAUCUACGCAUGUGAAAAACUGUAAACAUUACUAAUUGUCAAAGUGUUGAUACCAAGAUGCCAGAUGUUAUCGAGGAAAAAAUAAGCCGCGUUCUCGCCGGUCAAAGUGUCAACGAAGAUGACGAUCUUUGCGAUUUCAGCCUCGUAGCACAAAACGAAGCUAUCGAAGCAAAAGGGAUCCAACCUACUGCAAGUUCAAACUACAUUCCCAUAUGCCAAAAAACAGUCACGUACAUAGUAGCUGCAGUUUUAUUCAACGAGAGUGACGAAGUAUUGAUGAUUCAAGAAGCAAAGGCGUCGUGUGCAGGAAAAUGGUAUUUGCCUGCAGGUCGUGUUGAGCCCAAUGAAAAUUUGUUGGAUGCUGUAAAGCGUGAAGUUUUGGAGGAAACAGGCUUAACGAUGAUACCUGAAUCACUGAUAAUGAUAGAAUGCGCAAGUGGUUCGUGGUUUCGUUUUGUAAUGGCUGGUAAAAUCACCGGAGGUGUUUUGAAAACCCCUGAUCAAGCAAAUGAGGAAUCUUUGCAAGCAAUUUGGGUACAAAAUGUCAGUGAAUUGUCCCUGAGAUCAAACGAUAUUUUACCUUUGAUACAGCGAGGCAGGGAUUAUCUUAGUGGAGCAAAUUCACCUUGGCAUUCUCCAUUGUUACCUAUUUCAAAACCACGCUCUAAACUCUAUCUACGAUUAAUCGUUUGCAUAAGAAAAAAAGCAACAAACAGAAUGCACGUCUUGGUGUCAGAAAAAACUUCUCUACACUUGCCUAUCUGUGAGAUAAAUCCGAACAGAAAUUUGCACUCCACGCUGCAUAAAUUCAUGGUCGAGAUAUUUGGGGACGGUGUGGCUCAGCACAGACCUCACGGUCUUCUGUCCGUAGAAUUCAGCGGAGGUCAAGAUGGUGAUGGUCUUUGUUUUACUCUUCUCGUAUCAUUUCGACCACCACUCGAGGAAGUUGCAAUCAUUGGGAAAUACGUUUGGCAUGAACUUUCAACGAAUCUCGCGGAUUCACUCGCGACCCGAUUGCCUCGUAAUAUGACCAUACCAUUGAACGUAGUUCGUUAGUACUGAGAUCUUCGGAACUAUAAGUAAACGACAGCCUUCGGAUCGGAGAAGUUUAAGAAAUUUUUUGACUAAAAAUAGUUGCGAAUAUUCCAAAAUCGACAUCAAACUUACGGUUUUAUGAUACCUUAUUCUUCGAUCGCUUAAAUCAAGAAAAAAAUACUCAACAUUUCAAAAUUCAUGCUAGUUUAGUGGUGAACGUUUGAAAUAUCGUUCCCACAAGAAAAAAAAUGCUCAAUUAUAACUCGAAGACAUUUCUUGACAUAGAGUAUAAAUGCCAAAGUGUCUUACCGCGUUAUUUAAAAAUUAUUGUUAAAUCGAUUAUCAAUUAAUCUCGUUGAUAAGUGUUCUCAUAUUUAUUUUCAUGUUUUUAUGCAACUGGUGUGGAAAAGUAUCGUUAUAUUAUUUUUUUAUUACUACCAUAACAUAACCAAUUCUUCUUAACAUUGUUUUCAAUCGUUAUUUCAAAAUUGCAAAGUACUCAGAAACUUCUUGAGCUCCGUAUUAUUCAAUAUUUCCAAAUCAGAAUCAAUCUUAAUGAGGUAUUGUAUAAAGACUAGAGUAAUACGAAAAAAUUCAGGACUAAUGCAAGUAAGACUAAUUUAUCUAUUAUUGUUUAUACGCUACAGACAUAUCCGCAUUUAUGUGAAUUUAUAAUGAAUUUUUUUAUACACUUGUAGUUAAGAUUUUACCCCUAAAAGUAUUGAACAAUA